AUGUCCCGACACGUGCUGCUAUCCCGUCUCGCGGAGCACUUUCAAGCCGCGUCACCCCCGGGACAACGUUUUCCGUCCCCAGAAAGAAGUGUGUCACCUCGCUCGCCGACUUCCGGAAACUCUCCUCCACACUCUCCAGACUCAUUUUCACAAAAACGUCUGGAUGUACUGCAGCUGGGAGAUAUAGAGAUUGCAGGAAGAGCGCUCAAACAGUACGCUAGAGCUACAGAACUUGGAGCAUUGAUGUACUGCAGCGGCCUGGGGGCGCUCUACAGCGGCGGAGUGUGGCCCCUGUUGCUACCACAAGCACCUCACUUCGCACCUGGCGUAGAUCAUAAUCGGCACACGCCUCCUAGAGACGAUGACGAAGAGGAACUACCAUUGAACCUGUCGAUGAAGAAUCGUCAAAUUUGGUCUCCGGCUAGUGUUUGUGAGCGCGAACAAGUCGAGACGGAAAGAGAAUCACCAGCAUCGCGAUGGGGUGGUCAGGAGGAUCCAGAUAGUCCUCUCGAGCUUGUUAAAAGAUGUCGGAGCAAUCCUGAUGAGAAGCGUCCUUCGAGCACUGAGCCUCUCCGAUGCCCCUCGGCGCCCGCCUACCACUCUUACGCGCCUCCGCCCCCGCCACCAGCUGAUAUCAACAUCUCGUUACUCCUUAAAACAGAGAAUAAAAACGAGAAAUCUUUUCAGUGCAAGCAAUGUGGCAAAUGCUUUAAGAGAUCCAGUACGCUGUCAACGCAUCUCCUCAUACAUUCAGACACUAGACCCUAUCCCUGUCAGUACUGUGGUAAACGCUUUCAUCAGAAGUCUGAUAUGAAGAAACAUACUUACAUUCACACGGGUGAGAAGCCGCACAAAUGCGUAGUGUGCUCGAAAGCAUUCAGUCAAAGUUCGAAUCUCAUCACACAUAUGCGCAAGCACACCGGCUAUAAGCCUUUUUCGUGUGGUUUGUGCGAUAAAGCGUUCCAGCGCAAAGUCGAUCUCCGACGCCAUAGAGAGUCACAACACUCGGAAGUCGAUACUACUGCCAAUAUUGAUCUCCCUCAACAUCGCUACAAAUUCUACGACGACGACCAAGCGCCACUCGCGCCCAUUAGUUCUAAUUGA